GGUGCCUGGAAACUCACCUGCAACGACCAGGGCGAGUUGACGUCGUCUUGGCAGAGUGGCUGGCUCUUGUCAAUGCUGUCGCGGCACUUGCAAUAAUGGCCUGACUUGUUGCUGGGGAUAGCUGGAUCUGUAUCGAAGGGGAUCUGAGAAGCGGUUAGCGAGACUGUUCGUUUCACGCCGUGACCGUGCUUUCUCGGGGUGUCUUUCUCUUCAUCUCUUUAAUAUCCUUUCCUCACUUUUUGUUUCCUUGUUUCUUGAACGAUUGUAGGCGACAGCGUAAUAAACGAGUGUUGAAGGACUUCUAUUCUAUACCACCGCUGGACGGGACCAUCUUUAAUAAUAAUCUUUUCUCUAUUUCUCUCGCUCUCGAAUCUCAUCUACUCGACAAUUGCUCUGGGGGCGUCCACUCAAAAAGACAUCGAAAACUCCAUUCAAAAUGCUGGCCAAAUUCAAUCUCGCGGCAUCUCUCCUCGCCGCCACCACUCUCGCCCAAGUCCCUCACGCAGCCUCCGUCCUCCGAACCGACGAUGUUCUCUCGACGCCAUACGCCUCGCUCCUCGGCUUCGGCGACGACACCAUGGCCGUAGCCCGCGGCCUGGACGAGAGAGCCACGGGAAACUCGAGUAUCCCGUCUGACGUUAAGCUUCUGCCAGACGGAUCGCUGGACUUUACUGCUUGGAAUAACCUCACGAACGCGGCUUGUCAGGCGCGCCUUGCGUCGCUUACACGGACUUCGAAUCCCUCGGGAGACUGCAUUUGCUAUAACUUGCCCAUGCUGGACGUUACUACUGGCAUGUUCGAGGCGGAUCUUCGGCUGUAUCGCGUUUCUGACCCGAGAGAUGACUUUGUUGGCGUGCCGCCCAGUGAGAUUCAGGUUGGCGUUGUAUACAAGGGCGCCAGCGUGACUCCUAUGAAGCCAGUGACUUCAGGGUCGAGCUCCAGCCCGCCUGUCAAUAUCACCAAGAGAGAUAGCAGCUCUUCCAACACCCCGACUCUGCUGCAGUCGUACAUGCUGGUCGGCCAAAUCGACAAGGACCAGAUGAAGAAUAACUUGUCCAUUGCCGAUCUCGAAGCUCUCGUCAUGCCCACCCUCACUCUCUCCGCAGUAACCUCCACCGGCGCCCGCAUCAGCUCCAACGUCUCCCUCAACGAAGCCGUCUUCCUCGUCGGCGUCUUCUCCAAAGACGUCAUCCUCUCCGACUUUGCCGCCGCCCAACAAGCCGUCUCCCUACAGCAAGCCGGUCUCAAAAACGGUACUGUCGCCUUUGUCCUUCCAGGAGUCAACCUCAUGAUUUUCCCCACCGGCCUUGUCAUCACUGGAACCUGGUUGCUCAUUGGCUUGGCCGUCUACGGGUUCGGCACGUAUGAGAGAAUCCAGCAUGUUACGGCUUAUAAGCGAAGAGCCAUGCAUGCUACCAGGGAUAACGCCGCCUAUCGCACUUUUUAG